AGCUUCAUCCUCCUCUGAGGAAAUGACCAAUUUCUCUCAGAGUGAGGUACUUCCAGCCUCUUCCCUUUAUGUUUGUCCUUUGCAGAGUGAAAGCUGCUGGAGUUGAGAAGUUGCCCUUCCUUCUCCUCUAGAAGAGAUGAUUUCCAGGAAAGUGCUGCUGGGAUCUCUUGUCUGCCUGGGUGCUGUUGCUGCAGUUAUCUGGGCUGUAGCUGGGAGUGGAAAAGUGCACUACCUGCCUUACUACCUUCCCUGCCCUGAAAUCUUCUCCAUGAAACUCCAAUAUACAGAAGAGAAGCUAAUCCAGCUUUUCCCCCAAUUAUUUUAUCAGCAGCCAAGAGUGCUGGCGCCAAAGCGCCAGGAUGUGCUGACAGUCACACCAUGGCUGGCCCCCAUCGUCUGGGAAGGGACUUUUGAUCCUGAGAUCCUGGACAGUGCCUACAGACCCCUGAACCUCACCAUAGGGGUGACAGCCUUUGCUGUUGGAAAGUACUCGAGGUUCGCGCGUCGCUUCCUGGACUCGGCGGAGCAGCACUUCAUGCGGGGCUACCGGGUGAACUAUUACAUCUUCACAGACAGCCCCGCCAGCAUCCCCCAGAUCCAGCUGCAGCCGGGGCGCAGGCUUGUCACCGUCCCCAUGCAGAAAUUCUCCAGCUGGCAGGAGAUCUCCAUGCGCAGGAUGGAGGCCAUCAACCAGCACGUGGCCAAGGAGAGCCAUGGCGAGGUGCACUACCUCUUCUGCCUGGACAUCGACAUGGUGUUCCACAGCCCCUGGGGCCCCGAGACCCUGGGGGACACGGUGGCAGCCAUCCACCCCGGCUACUUCGAUGUCCCACGAGAGCAGUUCCCGUAUGAGAGGAGGAGCUCCUCAGCAGCCUUCAUCCCUAAGGGAGAAGGGGAUUUCUACUACGGAGGGGCCGUGUUUGGAGGCUUGGUCAAGAAAGUCUAUGAGUUCACCAAGAUGUGCCACAUGACCAUCCUGGCAGACAAAGCCAACGGGAUCAUGGCAGCCUGGCAGGAGGAGAGUCACCUCAACAGGCACUUCUUGUCACACAAACCCUCCAAGCUGCUUUCUCCAGAGUACAUAUGGGAUGACAGGAAGCCCAAGCCCCCCGAAAUCCGCCUCAUUCGUUUUUCCACAGUGAAUAAGAACUACAAAGAGGUCCGAAACUGACCAUCCCUGCAGAGAGAUCCCCCAUGCAACCAAAGCCACCAAAAUUAGCUCCUCCAGAAUGUGCCCCACCUUGAAUUUUUGUUCCUGGUAGGAGCAAAAACCGGGAAGGGGAUGUGUGGAUAGUUCCUUUGGAGAACAGAGUCUAAAUGCAUUUCAGAAGCAGCAGCCAAAGUGCGGGUGAGACUGAAAAGGUUUCUGGAUUCCCACUCUUUGUAAAUACAUCCUGCUUGAGGCUGUAGCACACAAAAAAGCAUCCACAGGGACAGUUAUCCAAUGCAUGGCUGUAGUUACCUUUGACGAGUGUUUUCCUGAGGCCUGGUGGAAAUUUAACAAGAUCAAAAUGGUAUUUGACGUUCCUGUGGAGGAGAAGACCUUGGGUUUUGGUUAAGACCUUUUCACUUAAAAAAAAAAAGAACAUUGCAGGGCAAUAAAUUUUCCUGAAUUGUGAUUUAAACUAAUGCCUUUUGUCAGAAUCAGGAGGAAACUUGCACUCGGAGCUCGUUAUCCCUGAGUGGUGUGCAGCAGGAUUUCUUGGACCUUCUCAGCAGAGAGCUGGUGCCAGGCAUUGCCCGUAAGAGCCCUGGUCUGACAGGACAAACAGUGUGAACUCAUCUAGCAGUUAUCUCCCAGAUUCCAGUCUGUGCUUUGGAGACCCAAGUUUAGACAGAGCUGGCACAGCUCAGAGCAGACUGAACUUCUUCGGCUUUAUUUCAAUCACAGAUGUGCUCUGAACCUUUUCCCUGGGUCACAUGUCUCUGUGGAUCAUGUAAUCUUUUCCAACACAGAAAAUCUGUUUUUGAGAUGUUCAUGUUCCUCUCCAUUGCUUCAGCCCUUUCCAAUUUUUCUAAGCUCUGUGAAAUAAAUUGGCGAGAAGCUGCUGGAGCUGACAGCACGAGCUGAUGCCUUUCCAGCAAGCAGGAUGAGUUCAUUCCAUAAUGAAAUGCUCUGGAGAAGCUGGGAGUUCAGCGUGGAGCUGGAAGUGGGCUGGGGUUAAUGUUUUCUCUCUUUGGAUGUGCUGAG